AUGGAGUAGGUGAAUUUAGAAGCAGCAGCUCUUCACUUCCACUGUUGAAAUUUGUCUUCUAAAACGCACAGCAUCACCAGAGUCCUGAAUCACAGACGAGCAGCAACUAAACUAAUCAGCUUCCGAUUUUCGACUGGAAUUACAAAAAUGUCCUACAAGAGGUCUUCUAUUAAUCGUCCUCCAACACCAGAUGUCGACAAGGAUCGUGAAAAUCAGGAGGCCACUCUUCAAGAAAUCGUCAACAUCAAGUUGAUAGAGAGUGGGGAAAAAGAACGAUUGAAGGAGCUUUUGAGAGAAAGGCUCAUAGAAUGCGGUUGGAGGGAUGAGAUGAGAGCUCUUUGCAGGGCAUAUACAAGGAAGAAAGGGAGGAAUAAUGUUACAGUUGAUGACCUAGUACAUGUCAUUACUCCAAAGGGCAGGGCUUCUGUUCCGGAUUCUGUGAAGGCUGAGCUGUUGCAGCGAAUCAGAUCAUUCCUCGCGUCAACUGCUUCUUAAUGGUCUUGAAAGUCAGAAGCGGCAAAAUUGAUACAUCUGGUUCCCUUGGUGAAGGGUGGUCGCCUGUUUGUUGUCUUAAAGUUUGCCUUAAGUAAUGUACCAGAAACUGCUUCUUCGGCUUAGACCGCUUGAUCCAUUAUGCCAAUGUGUUGGAUUCAGUAUUCA